AUGAACGACACAUACGAAGAACAAGUGGAUGAAGUUGGUAUCAGUGGUGGUGGAGGAGGUGUUGGUGGAUCAUCAGCCUCCAAUCAACAUCGUUAUUAUAGUGCAGGAGAUUUAAUGGAUGAAAAAUCAAAGAAACGAGUUUCUAGAGGUUUUAUUGCCAUUGCUGCUUUUGUUAUUUUGGUAAUUGCUUUGGGAUUGUUAGCCUUGUUGAUUUUGUCGAUUGCUUUAUAUUGGACACGAGCAAACAAACACUUAUAUCCGAAUCCCGAAUAUUCACAGAGUACAGAUUAUAUGCAUUUUGUAGUUGUAGGCGACCAGGGAAGAGGAAAUGAUGCACAAAAAACUGUUGCUGCCUCUAUGGGAAAAUAUUGUGAAUCAAGUGCAAGUAUUGGCAAAGCAUGUCAAUUCGUUAUUGGUGUUGGAGAUAAUAUUUAUGAUAAUGGUGUCACUGAUAUGUAUGAUCAACAAUUUAAGACCAAGUUUGAAGAUAUUUAUGGAACUAUUGAUGGUUUGAAGGAUUUGAAAUGGUACAUGAUGCUUGGUAAUCAUGAUUAUAGAUUGAAUCCUGAAGCUCAAAUUCAAUAUUCUCAAAUUAAUCCACGUUGGAUUAUGCCAGAUUAUUUCUAUUCAUUUGAAAAGAUAUCAACUCAAGGAGGAUUCAAUGUUUCAUUUGUUGUGACUGACACUAAUCCAUUCGUUAAGAGUUAUUUCUCUAAAUCAGUAAUGAAUCAAACUGCUUUAAAUAAUAGAAAGGUCAAUAAUACCGAUCAAUUAACCAUGAUUGAAAGUAUCAUGGAAAAGAAUUACAAGAAUCCAAACAAAUGGACUUUAGUUUUCGGUCAUCAUCCUGUAUACUCAACUGGUGUUCACUAUGAUACUCCUGAACUUUUGGCAAGUUAUGAACCAAUUUUUGAUAGAUAUAAAUUACCACUUUACAUGAGUGGUCAUGACCAUUUAUUGAACUGGCUCUCCAAUCCAAAACUUCCAUACACUCAAUAUGUAAUUUCUGGUGGAGGUGCUGGUAAUACCAAACCAAUUUUGUACAAUGCAAAUUCCUUGAACGAGUGGAAUGAUUCUGGAUUUUUCUCAAUUGAAAUUCAAUAUUCUUUCAUAUUCGCCAGAGCUUUUGAUAAGAAUGGAAAGGAAUUGUGGAAAUUUAGAAUUGACAAACCAACUUAUUAAAUAUUUUAUAUCUUCACAAUUUCAAAUCUUAAAAUAUGUUUUUCUAAAUUUUUGUUGAAUUUCAAGCAACAAAAAAAUGGCCAGAAAGAACAAUAAGAAAAUAAAGAAGAGGUAAG